AUGUCAAGCAUCUUCAGCAAGCUCAUGGUCUACUUCUCCCCAACACCAGAGAAGCCAACAUUCCGCAUCACCGCACUCGUCGCGCCCGCAACGUCACAACAAUACUUCUCCGACUCCAGUUUCUCACACGCCGAUCUGAUUGGCAUCAACGAAACCAUCACGUUCGAUGUCGACUCCUCGGGCCGCGAAUGCAAAGCAGAGUACCUGAAGGAGCACUACGUUAUUGAGUGGGCAGCGGGCAGUAUCAUGGAGAACGAAGAGGUGGAGGUUGGAGGGCAGAUUGUACGCAGAGAGAAAAGGGGGCGGCCUAAGAUUUGGGAGGGUUGGUGCAAGGAUGGUGGAAUGGUUUAUUUGAGCCCCACGGAAAGGCUGAGGUGCAUUGAGGGCUAUGAUGAGCAUGUGAGGGAGGAAAGGGAGUGUGAUCGGUUGAAGAAGGCGAACUCGUUCUAG